AUGUUAAUGAAAAUUAUUAUUUUAACGUUCAGCUCGUUAUUUAUACUCGUUUCACCCACGCAUAUAAAAGGAGAAUUUACGACAGAUACAUUCUUUAAAUUUUUAGUAAAGUUUGGAUUUCAGAAGACAGAUCUCCAUUUCCACAAGGAAACAUAUGGUUACAUUUUCGGUAACUUGACUUCAAAAGAGACAUUUAAAUAUCCUAUUACGUUUGCGGUGUUAGAUCGCCCGCAUUUUUUGCAUUAUUACAAAAGCCGAGACAUUUUUGAUAAAGAAGUAGCAUGUCAGGUUAUGUUUCAACAUUUAAAUGGUUCAGCAUACCAUCCAAAGUGCAAUGCAUAUGGUCAGGACUUGUUUCGAAGGAUACCGUGUCCAGUAGGCAAACUAUGUGUCGAUGAGGAUACACCAUGGAAUGUUAUUAAAAAUAACCAAUUUACUUAUGUCAUACAAAAUAACGGACAACCAAGAUAUUGGUAUGUGUCGAUAGUAUCUUGUUAUUUGGAUGAAGAAACAUGUUCCUGGCAUCAUUACUCUGGAGCUCCUUCAAAGGACAACACUACUCUCACAGAUAUCCCACAAACUCUAGAAUAUGAUUUCUGGCUUGUUAAUGGAAGCCCGAAUCUUUCAAUUUAUAAUUCUAUGUUAUAUCAGUUUUCAUUUGACAGACAGAAUACUUUAGAAUUAUAUUUAAUGUUCUGGCUCUGCUAUAUUAUUUUAUUACCUGUUCAGAUAUAUGCUGUGAGAACCCAGAGACAUCCUGUGACUAAAUUAUUUACAUCAAGCUUGGUGUUAGAGUUCAUAGCUCUGUGUUUUAAUGUACUUCACACGGUAAAAUUUGCUGCGGACGGUGAAGGCUUUGAAGGCCUGUCUGUCGCUGGUGAUAUUCUUGAUAUACUGAGUAGGACACUGUUUAUGCUACUCCUGCUUUUAUUAGCAAAAGGUUGGGCUGUGACACGACUCGAACUGACAUACAAACCAUUGGUAUUUGGAGUUUGGCUAGUAUAUGGUGUAGUCCAUAUACUGUUGUAUGUAUGGAACACUACUGAAGUUGAUAUUAUAGAAGAGAUAGAUGAAUAUCAAACAUGGCCGGGAUGGCUUGUUUUAACUCUGAGAGUUGUUAUAAUGUCAUGGUUUGUUCUUGAGCUGCGUAACACUAUGAUGUAUGAACACAAUAUGCCGAAACUUAACUUCCUACUACACUUUGGUGCAUCAAGUCUCGUGUGGUUCGUCUACUUACCAAUUAUAGCACUAAUUGCCCUACAAAUAAGUCCAUUGUGGAGAUUCAAAUUUCUUCUAGGCAUAACUUACUCGGCAGAUUGUUUAGCAUUCUGUGUGAUGGCUCAUCUCUUGUGGCCAACACGCUCCGAACAGUACUUAUUGCUCACACCUUCUGAUUAUACAGCUGGAAUUGAAGAAUUGGAUGAAUUCAGUGAAUCCCCGCAUGUGGUACACAGUGACACAGUUGCUUUGACAACUGCUGAAAGUGUGAAUGCUGAUGAAGAAGAAGUUAUAUUUACAAGACCUCAUAAAAACGGGGCUAUCUUCUCAUAG